GGGGGUGACCAUAUAAACUCAUCAGCAUUGCAGUGGGGAUAACUUACUGUAUUCAUGGAGAUAAACGCAGGAGAGCCAUCCUUGGAUGCGAUUUUAGAAUCAAACAAGUUUAACGUUACGGAAGAAGGCAAUACUUCAAGUUUAGUUUCCAAUGGAUGUGUGGAUUACAAAGGCAGGAUUGCAGACAAGCAGACAACUGGAGGAUGGAAAGCCUCCCCUUUCAUCAUAGUGAAUGAAGUGGCCGAGAGGUUGGCGUUCUUUGCUAUCGCGGUAAACAUGGUGGCUUAUCUGGUGCGGGAGAUGCAUCAGCCUCUGCCGGAUGCAGCCACUCAUGUCACGGACUGGAUUGGAGCCGCGUAUGUUCUCACGUUGCUUGGAGCUUUCCUGGCCGAUGCCUAUUUGGGCCGUUUUCGUACCAUCAUCAUCUUCUCUUGCAUCUACGCUGUUGGAAUGGUGUUGUUAACAAUUUCAGCAUCCGUAGACAGCUUAAGGCCUCCUUAUUGCCCCAAGCGACCAUGCAUUCCAGCUUCCACCGGCCAGAAGGCUUUCCUUUACUGUGCGCUGGCGCUUAUAGCACUCGGGACCGGUGGCAUCAAGCCGUGCGUCUCCUCAUUUGGCGCAGACCAGUUUGAUGAAUCCGACCUAAACGAAGCACAUAAAAAGUAUGCGUUUUUCAACUGGUUCUUCUUCGCUAUUAACAUGGGAGCCCUUUUAGGCAUCACACUGUUGGUGUACAUACAAGUGGAGAUGGGGUGGGCUUGGGGAUUUGGAAUCCCGACAGCAGCGAUGAUCAUCUCAGGCGUCAUAUUAGGUGCUGGUUUUUCCAAGUAUCGGUACCAAAAGCCAGUUGGGAGUGCUUUUACCAGAUUUGUUCAGGUCAUUGUUGCUGCUGUGAGGAACCAUGUGAGAGGAGUUGAGGUGGGGCGGGUAACUCAUCUUUAUGAGGUUCAAACUAGAGAAUCUGAUAUCCAUGGUGCACAGAAGCUGCCUCACACGGGACAGUACAGAUUCUUGGAUAAAGCUGCAGUCAUAACAGAGCCAGAAUGCAACACAAAGAACCGCUGGAGACUCUGCACGGUAACACAAGUAGAAGAAUUCAAAUCCUUCGUCAGGAUCCUUCCCGUCUGGGCGUCAACCAUUGCUCUGGCAAUCUCCUUCGCUCAGCUCUCCACUUUCUUCAUCCAGCAGGCCAGCAUCAUGGACCGAAAACUCGGCCCGCAUUUCGAAAUACCAUCAGGCUCCGUUCCUGUUUUCAGUGCCAUAAACGCUCUGAUACUAGUCCCUGUCUACGAAAAGCUCAUUGUCCCGUAUCUCCGUGCCAAAACAGGCCAUCCGCGGGGCAUCACCUCGUUGCAGCGCAUGGGAAUUGGAUUGUUUGUGUCGAUUUUUGCCAUGGUGUCAGCUGCGUUGGUGGAGAAGAAGAGAAGAGAUCAUUACUCUGAUCGUCUGAGUAUUUUCUGGCUCUUUCCUCAGUGCUUUCUUAUCGGGAUGGCUGAAGUUUUCACGUACGUGGGGCAGCUGGAGUUCUUCUAUGAUGAGGCCACGGACGGAACGAGAAGCCUAAGCAGCGCCAUGUUUUUGAGUGAGAUUGGGAUCGGAAGUUGGCUGAGCACUGCGAUUGUUAAGAUCAUUGAGAGAGCUACGGGUGGAGUGCGAGAGGGGUGGCUGAGGGAUGAUCUUAACGUGAGCAGGCUCGAUUAUUUGUACUGGAUUCUGACAGGUGUUAAUGGGGUCAAUUUUGUGGUGUAUUUGUGGGUUUCGUGGAGGUAUAAAGGACGAAAUGGCGGUGGUGGGAGUGUGAGGGAUGAUUCUGUGGUGGUGGAACUGGCUGGAAACAUGCCCAGUGCGGAUGAUCAAAGGGGAAUUUCGCAGUCUUACAAUCUGAAUGCAGUCCCAUUUGGUGGAAGGGGAGAAGUAUCUGAUCAAGAAUAAGUUCAUUUGAUUCUUCUAUUUUAGUUUGGUGAAUUGGUUCAUGCUUUCUUGGAUUCUUUUUUGCAAGUGUAAGUACUCAUGGAGAAACAUUAUUUUAUAUAUAUGAACUAUGAAUUGUUUAGUAAUUUUAUAAACGAUGCAUAAAAUGGUUGGGAAAAAUG